AUGUAUAGAUCUUACUGGUACAACCUCGAACAUGCACACAUCACCAUGAAUCAUUAUAACAAGCUACUAUGUCGCAUGUCGCAAACUUUUCAAAGUGAAGCUUUGUUCAUCAUCAUGUCGCCCACUUUAACCUGGUACGACUACAUUAUCUUCGCAGGCAUGUUGGUACUCAGUACCACAAUCGGAAUUUACUUCGGGUGUUUCGGAACUAAGCAAUCCACCAUCAGAGAGUACCUCAUGGGGAGCAAAAACAUGAAAGUGGUUCCGAUAGCGGUAUCAGUAGCAGUGAGCCAUAUUUCAGGUACUUUGCUUCUGGGAACGGUGGCGGACGUGUACAGAUACGGAGCUAGCAUCUGGCUAUACGUUGUAUCGUACACGAUUAUGGGUUUUCUUGCCGUCUAUGUGUACCUUCCAGUGUUCUUCAAUAUACAGGUUAGCAACAUUUAUGAGUACCUGGAGAAAAGAUUUGAUAAGAAAACGCGAAAGUUGGGAUUCGUGUUUUAUGUACUGUCUGAAAUUUUCACGUUUCCGGUGCAUGCGUACACGCCAUCUUUGACUUUUGCAACAGCUACUGGGAUUGAUGUUAAUGUGGUUGCUACCGUCUUAUGCUUGGUUUGUGUUUUUUAUACAUCGAUAGGGGGUUUAAAGACUGUGGUUUGGACGGAUUUUCUCCAAUUCGGGGUUAUAAUAGCCUGUCUUUUGACAGUUUUUGUGACAGGUCUUGAUGCGUCUGCGGGAAUAUCAUCCGUUUGGAAUACAGCAGUGGAUGGCCAGAGACUACAUGUUUUUAACUUCACUGUAGACCCCACGGCAAGAGAUAGCUUUUGGGGGUACGCCAUAGGUUCUACCGCAACAGCUAUCACCUUAACAAUCGUCCACCAAACCGGUGCCCAAAAAUUUCUAACAUUACCAACAUACAAAGACUGCAAACAGUCAGUCAUUUAUACUGCAUUCAGUAUGUGUUUAGUGCACACAUUCAGCGUUUCUAUUGGUUUGCUAACUUAUUCCAAAUACAAAGACUGUGAUCCUGUAACUAGCAAAAUAAUAUCAAAACACGAUCAACUUUUUCCGUAUUUCGUAACAGAUAUCGGUAGUAGCAUUCCAGGAAUUUCUGGUCUUUUCAUAGCGACCAUUGCAAGUGCAUCCCUUAGUUCUAUGUCGUCCAACUUGAACGCUUUAUCUGGUGUUUUAUACAAAGAUCUAGUGUGUUUAUUUUACAAAGAGAAGCCUUCAGAAAAACGGGGUAGCAACAUUCUGAAAAUGAUAGUACUUGUGGUGGGAGUUUUGUGUACUUGUUUGGUUUUUGCAGUGGAUAAACUGGGAGAAAUAAUUUCUGUUACUUUGACGGUUUGUGGAAUCACACAAGGACCUUUGCUUGGUGUUUUUACACUAGGAGUCCUUUUUCCAAUAGCUAACCACUAUGGGGCUUUCUACGGUAUGGUUGGGGGUUUUACAGCAGUAGCGAGUGUAGCACUUCCUGCUAAGUACUACCAGUUGAAAGGAUCGAUUAAAUAUCCUACUAAACCACUUUCGAUUAAUGGAUGUGCUCAUCAGAAUUUGGAUACUUCCAACUACACUUUUUCAAAUACAACUUUAAAUCCAAUGCCCGCAGUACCUAUUAUUUUCAGAAUAUCUUUUUACUAUUAUGUACUGAUUGGAAGCACCAUGACUGUAAUUGUUGGUUUAAUUAUUAGCUGUGUGACAAAACGGAACUCUACAAACGACAAGAACCUUCAAAGUCCUAUCAUACAUUCUUGUAUGUCCGCAAAAUGUGAAAAUGAGCGGAACGUAAAGUACAGUGGUAUAGAACAAGCGUUAGAAAUUCUCGAAGAAAAAAACUGA